UCUCUAAGCGUAAGCACGUGAUAAGCACAUCUCUAUUUGUCGAUGUCAUCUCGUUCUCGAAUGACAUAUAGUUGUCAACCAUUUGUCGAGGGAUGUAAAUACCCCGCCCUUGUUUAGGUUUUCACUUUUGUUAUAUAUGAUAUUCCCAAAGUUAAAAACGUGUAUUAAAUAGUAUUGUGCCGUGUAACAUUUCCAAAAGAUAUAUAUAUAUAUAUAUAUCAAAUAUGAGUACAUAAUUUGAAAUUGAGCCUUCAUAUAUUUUCCACGCCUUGAAAAUGAUUGUACACAAAAAUAUUUACUAUACAGUUCUAGCCUUGUUUGAAUUCGUUUUAAUGUCGAAUGCAUAUAACUGCAGCAUUCCUGUAAUAAUAAGAGGAGCAUGGUUUUCCUGGGAACAUGGACAAAACACACUCACAGAGCUAGAUGCAACAACUAUGAGCAAUUCAAUUGCACCUAAAGGAACUUGUGUUGAUAUAAGGGAUGAUUAUCAUGUGAAUUAUACAAUGGUGUUCAAAAGGGGUACAUGUUAUACAUGUAUAAAAUUUAUGGUGAGAACAGUCAACGUUCUAGAAAAAAUUGAAACAUCUUGCAUAAGCUUGCCUGAAGAAAGAGCUACAGUUGAAAAUAUCUGCAAUGCUUUAGACCCCAACCAGCAGUUAAGAACAUUGUUUUCUGAAAACUACAUCCCUGUGAAUUGUAGAUCUUCACUAGAAGGAGUUUGGAAUUUUGGUUACCAAAAUCGUUUCAAGUUCAGAGGAGAGUGUACAAAUCCAGAUGCACAAAUCAGAUCUUGUCAGACUGCUGGUUCUCAAUUUUUGAUCACCAAUCAGAAGUUUAAUAUUACUUACAAAAAAUGUGAUGGAAUGGAAGGAACUUUUGAUGGAGUUGUUGAAUAUAGUUGUUUAGGAGACUGGUUUGUGAAUAAAAAUCACUAUUUUGCUGUUGCUAACACCAAAGAAUCAAGAAAGGAUGAGAAAUAUAGAUGUUUUUUGAAAAACAGAGAUGAUGACUUAUAUAUUGGUGUUUCUAUAACUGCAGAAUGCAAUACACUUAAAUCUGUUGAGGAUAGCCCUGUGAGGUUGCAUGUUACUCCUGUUAAAUCGGAAAUUGUACAGCCUGGUUGCCGUUUACCUCAGAACUUUUCUGGUGAAUGGAUCAAUACUGCCAAUAUUGAUGCAGAUAUAUUCAUUAACGAAACCCAUAUAAUUGAAACUUGGUAUCCAGAUGAGGGCAGGUACAGAAAAACAAUCUAUGUUUGUCGUGAACAAAGGGCUACUAGAUUCAUGAUGGCGCGAUUAACCGUUGAUGGAUGCCAAAAAGAUUUCAUCUGUUUUGACUUUGUACCUCAACACCACAACAUAAUCAGAUAUCGAAGAGGUAUAGCUGUUAUCAAGGAUGAUUUCAGUACAGUAUGUUCCUGGGUACAAUUUCAAAAUAAAGCUAAAUGGAAGUAUGAUUUGUAUCUAAAAAAGAACCCAGUACCUGUUAAAUGUCCUGUUGCUGGUAAAUUCAACUUUACGCAACAAGGAGACGUCAAGUUUGAAACUCGUAUUCUUGGAGGAGUUACAUUAAGUCCGCGGCCAAAUACUUAUUGUAAACAGAACAUAUCAGAUUUUUCCGUGUGUGAUAUUGAGCAAAAGGAAAUUGCUAUUGAUGAAAAUUACUGUCUUUCUGUUGAUCAUCUUGGUCGUCCUGUUGAUAUAUACAGUGAUCCUGAUUACAAAAUGAAAUGUGUAGGAUUUUGGAAGGAAAAUCUUAAGUCAUACCUGAUAACUUAUGAUGAAUUAGAUCCACUGUCAAAAUAUAAAUGUUGGGUAUACCAGAGAGCAGAUCUCAAUAGAGUGCUUAUGUCUCAAGCAAUAGGUCCUUUCUGUGACCUUAAACAAGAUGUCUACUCCUGGAAUUAUACAGAGGGUGCAACAGUCGCAAUUGAAAUGCAGGAAUAUGAAAGAGAACGAGACCAAUGUCCAAUGCAUUUCGAUGAUGGCUCUAACCCUUGGUUGAACAAUGAAAACGAAAUACAAAUAUUCGAUUUUGGAUAUUUCUACAGCAGUGGGCGGGCAGUUUCAUUCAGCAGCAUUUUGUUAUUGUGCGUUAUCCAAGUUUACCUCUUUUGUUGAAGUUAACCAAACCUCAUGCCAUUUUAUGUAUGAUCGACUGAAAUAUACUGUAUGCAGAAUCAAAUUACUGUAAAGGUUUAAUGAGGGCAACCUACAUAUUAUGGAUAAUUGUGAAUCUCAUUUUCUUUAUUAGUAUCAUUUUUAAGUGUAUUCAAAGCAUGCUACUUAAGUUGAACUUAUUUUCUCACAUACUGAGUUAUUUUGUUCUUAGAGAUCCAAAUUUGUUUUUUUUAUAUUUGACUUGGGUUUAUUCCAACUCAUCUUAGUGAAAUAAGUAUAAACUUACCUUUUUUUUUUAGGGAAUUAAUUAAAAAAAAUUGUGCUGUUCUCAUGUCAUUGACUUUUUAAAUACACUCCUUUAUUUUUUUUUGUUGGGUCAUUUUGAGAAUACUGUGAUCACAUACACAGGCAGUUCUGUCACUAGCAUGGAAGAUGACAUAACCCUCUGCCGAGGUUGUCCAUAAGAAUUGCCAUCCUAGAGCCGCUCUGCAUACUCUGUAAAGAUUAGAGAUAAGAUUAUAGUUAGGAAUAGGUUUAAAAGAAGUGUUAAUCAGACAGCUGACUGUAUAUAUAAUCCGUCCAUUAUAGGUGCACUUAAAUGGUUUUGAUCUUUUUGUAAACUUUUUAUAGUAAAUAAAUUAUUUACAUUUGAAA